CAAUUGGCAGUGAUUACCUCGGCCUGGACUGGUGAUGCACCUGAGCGGCGGCAGCAUCUUCUGGAACCGAGACAGCGCCUCUUCAGCUGGCAGCACGCCCCUCUCCCUUGACACUCGUAUUCAGCGCACUCUCUGUGCCAUAUAGCAACCGUGCCGCUUAACUUGUCUUCCUCUACUACUACCACCAUCGCCACAGCGAUCGCCACGGAGGUCCGCAAGCGGAGCCGCACGACUGACGUGCUCCCACCACCACGCGACAUCAUAGACUGUGCGACAUCGCACACUCUACACACAAUUUGAGUCUUCCCAACGCACAGCACAAUGGGCAAAGGCUCCAGCAAGACGAGCACGAAGGUGCUGCCGCUCAUCCCUCUCGCGCCCCCUCUCGCCGUCCUCCCCGGCACGACCGUCAAGAUCCCCAUCACGAACCGCUCCGACGUCGCCGCCAUCCUCGCCAAGAUCUACAGCAUCAGCCCGACCGCGAAGCCCAAUGCCGCCAUCACAGUCGCCUGCGUGCCUCUCAACUCGAAUUCAGUAAGCCCUAUUGACGGCAGGUUAUUGGUCGAGGGCACCGGGGGCGACGAUAAGACGGUCUACGAAAGCGACCCGGUGCAGGCGAGCAAGAAGGAUGUCUUUGGAUACGGAUGCGUUGCCAAGGUCACCGGCGUACAGGGACGCCGACAGGGCGACCUGAGCCUCGUCGUCGAGGGACUCGAGCGCGUGCGCGUGGUUGAGGUUGUGCAGGAGCGGCCGUACUUUGAGGGCGACCUGGCUGCGGUGGACGAGUACAUGGACGUCGCCGACCCAGAGCUGGAGCAGAGCUUCGAUCGCCUCAAGCAGCUCUCUCGCGAGCUGCUCGCCCUUGUGCGCCUCUCCGCCAUCCUGCCGCGCAUGCCCACCGUCACACUGUCGCCGAUCGUUGCACGGAGGCUCGAGCUAUACAUUGCUCGCAAGGACCUGUCAGAGGCAGGGUCGCUGGCUGACUUUAUGGCGAACAUUGUCGACUGCAGACACGAGGAGAAGCUGCGCGUACUGGCGGCUGUCGAUGCCAGGGAGCGCGUCGACAGGGUCAUCGAGAUUCUCCAGCGCCAGAUCACCAACAUCCAGGGCAGCACACGCAUCACAGUCACCGCCACACAAGCCCCCAGCGGCAGCUUCGACAUCGAUCAACUGCGGCGGAUACAACAGCAGGCCCUGAUCAAGCGGGCCAAGAUGGGCGGCGGCAUGCCAGCAGGCUUCCCACCGGGUUUCCCUGGCGGUGGCCAGCAGCAGGGCGAGGAGGAGGUAAAUGAGAUGGACGAGCUCAAGAAGAGACUACAAGAUGCGCAGCUAUCGCCUGAGGCUGACAAGGUCGCACAGCGGGAACUGCAGCGUCUGCAGAAGAUGAACCCGGCGCAGGCCGAGUACCAGGUCUGCAGGAAUUACCUCGAGAAUCUGGCCGAGAUCCCGUGGACAAAGAUGACGGUCGACCAGCUUGACGCAGGAACACUAGCAAAGGCAAGGAAGCAGCUCGAUGACGACCACUAUGGUCUCGACAAGAUCAAGAAGAGGCUGUUGGAGUACUUGGCUGUGCUCAAGUUGAAGGAGCAAGCCAACCGCAGCAUCGAUGACCAGAUCCGCGCCCUUACUGAGGGCCCCACAGCAGACGGUGAGAAGCACGAGCAUGCCGACGACACACAGCUACAGCCCGUUAAGGAGCACUCUGAGGAAGAGAAGCGACUGCUGGAGAAGAAGCGCAUGGUCGACAAGUCACCCAUCCUCCUGCUUGUUGGUCCCCCCGGAGUCGGCAAGACAUCACUCGCCAAGUCAGUCGCCACUGCACUUGGUCGCAAGUUCCAUCGCAUCUCGCUGGGCGGAGUUCGUGAUGAAGCAGAGAUUCGCGGUCACCGCAGGACUUACGUCGCUGCUAUGCCCGGUCUUGUCGUUGGUGGACUGAAGAAGGUCGGCGUCGCGAAUCCCGUCUUCCUCCUUGACGAGAUCGAUAAGCUGGCUGGUGCAAACCACAAUGGCGACCCCAGCGCCGCCAUGCUCGAAGUCCUCGAUCCGGAGCAAAACCACACCUUCACAGAUCACUACGUCAACAUCCCCAUCGACCUCUCAAAGGUACUCUUCAUCGCCACCGCAAACUCGCUCGACACCAUUCCACCUCCACUCCUCGACCGCAUGGAGACUAUCCAGCUGUCUGGUUAUACAACGCUCGAGAAGCGCCACAUCGCCUCCCGCCAUCUCAUCCCCAAGCAAAUCACCACCAACGGCCUGCGCCAAACCGACCUCUCGAUCCCCACCGACGUACUCGACAAGAUCAUCACAGCAUACACCCGCGAAUCCGGCGUCCGCAACCUCGAGCGCGAAAUCGGCUCCGUGUGCCGCAGCAAAGCCGUGGAGUACGCUACCUGCGCCGACACCGACACCCUCGCGACCUACUCCCCCGUCGUGACCCUCGCAGACCUCGAUGCCACCCUCGGCAUCGAGAAAUUCGCCGAAGAACUCACAGAACAACACUCCCGCCCCGGCGUCAUCACCGGCCUCGUCGCCUACUCCUCCGGUGGCCAGGGCUCGAUCCUGUUCAUCGAGAUCGCCGAUAUGCCUGGCAGUGGCCGCGUUCAAUUGACCGGCAAACUAGGCGACGUGUUGAAGGAGAGCGUCGAGGUAGCACUUACUUGGGUGAAAGCGCAUGCCUUCGAGCUUGGGCUUGUGGACCAGGGCGUCGAUAUCAUGAAGAGCAGGAGUAUCCACGUACACUGCCCGUCCGGCGCUAUACCUAAAGACGGCCCCAGUGCGGGACUGGCGCAUACUGUCGCGCUUAUCUCGCUGUUUAGUGGAAAGCCGGUGCCGCCUACGCUUGCGAUGACUGGUGAGGUGUCGUUAAGAGGGAGGGUUUUACCGGUUGGUGGGAUUAAGGAGAAGCUUAUUGGAGCUAUGAGGGCGGGCGUUGAGCGCGUUCUGCUGCCGGAGGGGAAUAGGAAGGAUGCUAGGGAUUUGCCUGAGGAGGUCAAGGAGGGGCUGAGGAUUGACUUUGUCGGGCAUAUUUGGGAGGCGCUUGGGCUUGUGUGGCCGGAGAGGUGGGAGGGUGCUGUCGGGGUUAGUGAGAGUAGGCUGUAAGGUACGUGGUAGAUGACUUGACGGCGUUUGUGCUGUUUGAUUGGAUUGUAUUUAGCGUUUAGCAUCAUUAUCGUUACUGGUAUUUGGAUCUACCCUCAUGAACUACAUCA